GGCAUUUCUCUUUUCAGCAUCAAAGUAAGAGGACAUAAUAUAUUUUGGGGUGGUAAAAAUGUCGUGCCCUCGUGGCAGAAAGAUAUGGAUCCAGUAAAACUGAAACAAGCCAUGCAGAAACACGUAACAGAGCUGACUCAUACCUUUAAAGGAAGAUUUCAACAUUAUGACGUCGAAAACGAAAACUUACAUCUGCAUUUUUACGAAGAAAAAUUAAAAGAUCCUAAUAUUACUCAAUGGAUGUUCCGAGAAACUCAUAAACAUGAUCCAAAUGCCAAAUGUUUCUUGAACGAAUACGACAUUGUGGCUGGAUACAUGACCACUGCUGCAUACGAGGAUCAGGCUAUCCAGUUUAAACAACAAGGUGUACCAGUCGAGGGUAUGGGUAUCCAGAGUCAUCUGAGAGGACAUAUAGACGUUGCUGUUAUCAAGCGUCGACUGGAUGAAGCAGCUCUUGCACAUUUACCAAUUUGGAUAACAGAGCUGGACAUCGUAGAAACAGAUGAACACAAGAAGGCCAAGAAAUACGAGGACUUAAUGAGGUUGUAUUUCAGUCAUCCGUCCGUCCAUGGUGUCAUGUUUUGGGGAUUUUGGGACGGGCAUCAUUGGCGGAAAGACGCCGCCAUUGCUAAUGGUCCCAAUGUAACGCCCAAUGCAGCCGGACGAAAGGUGCAAGAACUGUUGAAGAAAACGUGGAGGACGAAUGAAACCCAUGAUUUUAGCGGCCUAGAUAUAAAAACACGUGCAUUCAAAGGGUCAUACAAAUUAUUGGUACAUCGUAAUGGUAAAAUUAUACAUUCUCAAAAUGUUCAACUAAGCAAGGACAGUACCGUCACUUUGGAUCUGAAUCAUUUAGGUAAAUUUCUUUCCAUUUUGUUAUAUUGGGUUACGUUCAGGUAUAAGGACCACCGACAGUAA